AUGGCGGCGCCGGAGCUCUGGUGGCUAUGGGUGGCGCUCGCCGUCUCGAUCGUCUGCUACCUGACGAACCAACACCGCCGGGGAUCGGGCUCCGGGCGGCGGCCGCCCGGCCCGAGGCCUCUCCCGCUGGUCGGGAACCUCCUGGACCUGCGAGACGCGCCCGGACGCCUCCACCACACGCUGGCGCGCCUGGCCCGCGCGCACGGCGCUCCCGUCAUGCGCCUGGACCUGGGACUGGUCCCGGCGGUGGUGGCCUCCUCCCGCGACGCCGUGCGGGAGGCGUUCGCGGCGCACGACCGGCGCAUCGCGGCGCGCCCCGUCCGGGACAGCAAGCGGGCGCUGGGACUCUGCGACCGCUCCGUCCUCUCGUUGCCCAGCUCGGACCCGCUCUGGAGGCACCUGCGCGGCGUCAUGGCCGCGCACGUCCUGUCGCCGCACAGCCUCGCGGCGUCGCGCGCGGCGGGGGAGCGGAAGGUCGCGGACCUGCUCGGGUACCUCCGGGCGCGGGCCGGGAUGGUCGUGGACGUCAAGGAGGCCGUCUUUGCCGGCGUCGCAAACAUCGUCUCGACCGCGAUGUUCUCCAUCGACGUCAGCGACAAGUUCACCAACACCAGCGUUUUAGCCUUCCCUCCUAUCAAAGCUGUGCCUCUAAUCAUCACCUAG